GGACAGGGGAACUUUUAAGGCUGCUACCAGUGCAGGUUUUUUUCUUGACUGGAUCUUCGACUGGCUCUGUUCUCCAAGGGUGAUAUGUAGAUGUGGAUGACUCAUUUGGGUUGGGUUUUUUUUGUUUGUUUGUUUGUUUUGUACCAUCUAUAUGUUCUGAGCCUCAGACACUGUAGAAGUUGUUGGGACAUGUUCUGUAGUGUGUCAUUUUUGCGGUCUGUGUGCAGUUUGGAGGAGUAAAAUGAGGCAGAGCAUGGGUGAUGGAGCUGCAGCUGGAUGUUGAAUCUUUGUGUCUCAGUCGGCAGAGAUGACCACUGUUUCCAUGGAGCCUGUUGGAGUCCUGGUGGACAGAGGCGCUAAUGCCACCGACGCCCCCCUCAGUGCAAAUGGGGUCACUGCAGCGACCUUCACCAUCGGCACCAUCCUGUCCAUCAUGUGCCUGGUCGGUAUCUUGGGGAACAUCUACACUCUGGUGGUCAUGUGCCACUCCAUGAGGAGCGCAGCCUCCAUGUACAUCUACAUCAUCAACUUAGCGUUAGCUGACCUGCUGUAUCUGCUGACCAUCCCCUUUGUGGUCUGCACACACUUCCUGGGGGGAUGGUACUUUGGGAAUGCAGGGUGUAAGAUUUUGAUCAGUAUGGACUUCCUGACCAUGCACGCCAGUAUUUUUACGCUGACGAUCAUGAGCACAGAGCGCUACUUUGCCGUUCUUAAACCACUGGACACGGUCAAACGCUCCAAAAGUUACCGGAAGGCCAUAGCUGUGCUGGUCUGGGCUGCGUCUCUGAUCCUCACCUUACCCAUGGUUGUGAGCAUUCAGCUGAUGACGGUGGGCAAUAAGACCAUGUGUCAACCCACCCUGUCCCCACUCUUCUACAAAGUUUAUAUCUCCUCCCUGUUCUGCACAAGCAUCGUGGCUCCAGGACUGAUUAUUGGAUAUCUGUACGUCCAGCUGGCACGCACCUAUUGGGUUUCACAGACAGAGACCUUCAAACAAACCAAGAAACUGCCCAAUCAAAAGGUGCUCUACCUGAUCUUCACCAUUGUGCUCCUGUUCUGGGCCUGUUUCCUGCCCUUCUGGGUCUGGCAGCUGCUGACUCAGUUCCAUCCGUCCUUGUCUCUGUCCAACAAAGCCAAGCGGAACAUCAACUACCUGACCACGUGUCUGACCUACUCCAACAGCUGCAUCAACCCCUUCCUCUACACGCUUCUCACCAAGAACUACAAGGAGUACCUGAGGAAGCGCCGGCGGGUGUGGUCGGCCAGCAGCUACUUCAACAGGAGGAGUCCUUUUCAACGUUCGCCUCGCCGCUCGCCGUCCGCCAGCAGUCAGCAGUUUACGGAAAGUUUCAGCCUCACGCACACGGCGUCCGUACGAACGCACAACAGCAGUUUAUGAGAUCUGACUGAACCGAGGAAGAGGACAGAAGACAGGACAUGAAAGAAGAGAUCAUGAUGACGAGGACCAACACGGACCAGGGACCAGGAUGGACCGUCUAGUCUGUCAUUUGUGGUUUAAUAUUGUGGAUGGAACCGCUCCAGCCACAGCCCAACAAGGAAUUUACACAAACAGGUGGUUUCCAGAACGUUCUGAGGAAAUGUCUGGGGUCUGAAGUUCACCUCCUGAUAUUUACAGGGUCCUUCAGGUCAGGGUCCUGGUCUGCAUGC